GCACAACGUGUGCCAGAGAGUGGAACAUCGUUGUGUGGAAGUUAUAUGGAAGUCAGGUAGAAGAAGAAUGAGGAAUUUGUUCCAUUGGCAAUAAACGUUAACUUACUCGUACUCAGUUGUGGCAUACCUCCUAGGCUCCGAGGACCCAUAGGCGGCCAGGAGUUGGUGCCGAGACUUCAGGGCCCCCCGGAGCGUCUGACAUUCCCCUCGGAUACCACCUCAGUGAUUCCACGCGCACAUCCACAUCUGAUCUCAUUCCACACUCUCACUUAGAGCACCCCGACCGGCUUUCGGGGACUGUCUGCAAAAUACAAUGGUCACGCGUUCUGAGUCUCAAGAUCGGCUCUAGCAGUGCAAACAACCUAGUCUACGGACAGCGCGUGCCGCCGCCGCCGCCGCAGCAGCAGCAGCAGUAGCAGGAAGUGAAUUGUACGCGAUGCAGAGUACUACCGGUGGCGGCCAUCAGCAUGGGCAGCAGUCAGUGGGGGAGCUCGAGAGCUACGACGGCAGUGGAUAUGGCAGUCCUCUGUCGUCAGCACGGAGCUCAUAUGUGAACGGCAAGCCGCUGCCUACUAUCCCAGCAGGAACCCACGUCCACGACCUGAGCCAGAGUACCAACGGUGGCUACGGCGACUUCGACUUCGACGCGAGCUUCCCGGAUCCGCCGACUCUGCCAGUGUCGGCUGCAACCCACGCCAAGACGAAUGGUAUCACGCACAACGGCAGCCACUUUGACGAGAUACGCUUCCGACUGGACGAUCCACCCAUGGGCCACCACAUUCAGCUGAACACCAACGUGAAUGGCGAGGAUCACGAUGUGGUGGGUCGCCAUUUGCUGUACGAGACGGCACUGUUGGAUACACAAUCUUUUGAGAUUUUGGGAAUGGGCCAGAUUGAUGAGUUGAAGAAGGAGCACGCCCGAUUGAACUCCCGUAUCGAGGCGGCGGAGAGGAAGCUGGCCCUGGAAAACAAAAUGAGAGAUGCGGCGCAAAACAUCAACAGGCUGUACUCAUCAGGAAAGAGAGACGGGCGGCCUGAUACGCCUCAGAGUCCAGACAAGGACAGGCAUAGUUUGCUGGGAAGCCGAAAGAGGACGAGCGGUAGUCAGGGCGCACAAGGCUUGUCACAGGCCGAAGAUGAGCUCACGCAGAGCUUGAAGAAAGUGGAUGAGCUCAACGAGCAGAUCAGGACUUUAAUGGACAGGCGACUCGUAGUGGAGAGAUCACUUCUCAGACACACUGCGGCGGUACUGGCUGAACAGGCGAACAAGCCUUCAGAAACCUGGCUUGCGAAUGGACACCGAAACCUUGACGACGAUGACGAAGUGCUCGGACACGCGCCUGAUGGUAUCGAUGAGUUUGACGGCAUAAGGGAUAUUCUGAAAGGGGCACCCGCCGUCUCGACUGGUAAGGCGGCAGUCCAGCAAAUGCAAGACGAGCAUGAAAGGCAACUUGCGAGCGUGCGAGAGCAAAUGCAAAUGCAGCACGAGCAGACCUUGAACAGCUUACGAGAGAAGGCGGAGCAACAGCGGCGCGAGCAUGAACGUGAGAUGGCGGACAUGCACUCUCGGCUGGGACGUCUCAAUACACAGCUGCGUGGUGUGAUCACUGAAACAAGCCAAGUACGCGGACAGGAACCGGAUGCAGAGCUAGAUGAGACGCCAUCGGAGACGGCGGAGGGCGCACUCGAUCACACUUUGGCACUCCUGGAGGACAACAUGCGAGCCAUGCAGCAAGAGCGGGACAAGAACAGGACACACUAUGCCCGCGUGCAAGACAGUGCCUCGGAAACGCGGAAUGCUGUAGAGCAGCAGCUGGAGAGCCUCAACAGCCAGCUGCACCGCACUCUUCAGACAUCUUCAGUUAUGGAGGCGCUUCAGAGUCUCGAGGACCCACCUGAAGUAACCGGACACGGCUACAAUUUCCAGCUGCAGUAUCUUGAGGAUAGCCUGUAUACCUUGGAGAAGCUUCUACAAGAGCAUAACGAGCAGCUGGAGAUCGCGAAACAUGCGUCAUCUGGUACCAGGGAAGCAGAGUCCACUGCUGCCACGCACGCUCAAAGGGUUGCAGAGUACGAAACGGUCAUGGCCGACUUGUGGGAUAUCGUGUGCGCUGAGCAAAAGCCGGCUGGUCUUACAUCAGGUCUCAGCACAGAUGCAACCCGCAACAGCGCAGUCAGCGGUGGAAGCUCGCCCAUUAGAGAAGACUUUUCCCUGCAAGCAUUCAGUGCUCGCGUCCAACAUCUUUUUGACGUCGCGAGCGGUUCCAAAGAACAGCAGGACAUCCUUCGCCGUCAAAUUCAGCAGCAACGCGACCUCAACGGGAAAUCUGACAUGGCAAAGGAUCGUGAGAUUCAGGAGUUGCAGACUCGAUAUGAGGCUCUCAACAGCUCAUACGACGCCACGCAGCAAGAUCUUGCCAAGGCCGUCGAGAAUCAUAUCUUUGCAGAUCAGCAAGCACAGCAAGCUCGCCAGGAGCUGCAGGUAGUCAUGUCUGAACUCGAACAAUUGCACAGUGCUGUGAACGCUGCCGAAGCUCGAAGCAGGGCCGUCGAUGAGCGACACGCUUUGAUUCUAUCAGAGCGAGAUUCUCUUGGCGCUGAAAGGGACGAGCACAAACAACGAUUGGAAGAUGUUCAAAAUGAGAUGCAAGACAUGGAAUCUGAGCUUGUUAGACUCACGACUGAGCUCACAAUGUCCAAAGCCGAGCUUGAAGGCGCCUAUGGGACGCGUAAGGAGCGGCAGAAGGAAGCUGGAGCCAGCGAAGCCGAGCUCGACGCACUUGCAGCACUAAAGGACCAAGAGAUGGCGCAAAUGAGACGCGAACAUGGCGAAAAGACCAAAUUGCUAGAACAAGAAUUGCAGGAUAUGAUGAGCGAAUUCCAGGAGAUGACGCGCGAGUCACUCGAACUAGAGAAGGAACGUGGUCAGCUGGAGAACUUGAUUGAUUCUCUUCGCGAGCGCGCAGAACAGCUUGAAGCCCAGCUGAGCGAUACACAGAUGCAAUGGAUGGGCGUCAAGUCUCCAGGUGGUCCGAAUGGCGUGGUCAAAGAGAGCACGAGCGUGAUGGUGCUGAGACAGGAGUUCAAGAAGAUGAUGCGCGAGUCAAGGGCAGAAGGGUUGAGGCUGCUGCGGGCGGAACAGGAAGAACGUCGACGCCUCGAAACCGAGAUUCGCAAAACUCGCCAGCUCAAUUCGCCUCUCGGCCGUGGUCCUGGUACCAGAUCCGGCAGUCUCGCUCACAAUCGUCUGAACAGUCUAGCGUCUUCCCACGGAGGAACAUCUCUCAUGAACGGCACCACACCCGCCACGAGCCUCGGUAGCCCACCAAGCGGACAUGGCUUGCCAGCUGGACUCUCAAUGGGCAGUCCGCUCAGUACGCAACAGCGGGCCCAACAAGCUGCCUAACAGUGGCUGCUUCUUGCCAUCCCUUAUGCCAACGCGGUGAUGAUGAAGACCCAUGUAUACCAUGUCAAUCGCUAAUAUAUAAUUUUAUUUUUUUGCAUUAUACGGAUCUGGACCUUUUUUCUCCGGCACUUUUACGAUCAUCUCAAAAAAAGCAAUGAAUAGUGGACCUCCCGAAUUAGAAGAGAUAUAUGUAUUUGGUAACCAGCUUGUAAUAUAUUACCUACCUACCUACCUACCUACCUACCUA